CUGUUGCUGAACUGAAGUACAGCGAUUGUUUCCGAGAAGUUUGACCCAUGCUGAGAGGAUGCCAGGCACUAUGAAGCACCGACAAGACAGUGCAGCAUUAUUGGUACUCGCUGCAAUUGGCUUGGCACUUAUAACCAUUCUCAGUGUGUGGAAGUUAAAACAGUUUAAAUACAGACUUAUAAAUGAAACUGGAGGUGCAAUGUUUUAUGGUAUGCUUGUGGGGUUAACAGUAAGAUGCGUGUCAUUUCACUGGGGAGAACAUUUGGACAACAUGGAGACUGAGUGCAGUUGUGGUGGUCUUAACAGCACUCCUCUCAUCUUGAUGGUCAACAUCACUUCACACUUCCACUGUUUUAGACAUGUUGAAACAGUCAACCAAAGAUGCCCACCGGUCUCAACCCCUCAUACGGAGACCUUUGAUCCCGAGGUUCUUUUCAAUCUGUUCCUGCCACCCAUCAUCUUCCAUGGAGCUUACACCCUUAAUCAGAAACGAUUCAUUGAGAAUCUUGGAUCUGUUCUGACCUUUGCUUUUUUGGGUACCAUAAUCAGCUGUGUGACCAUAGGGGCCUGCGUCUACGGCUUCACCAGACUGAUGGUGCUGUUGGGCCGAGCAGCAGAUGGAGACUUCUUGCUCAUUGAUUGCCUCCUGUUUGGUGCCAUUAUAUCAGCCACUGACCCAGUUUCAGUCCUUGGCCUAUUGUCAGAGCUGCGCGUGGACCUGGAUCUGCACACUCUGCUUUUUGGCGAGAGUGUCCUGAAUGACGCCGUGGCCAUCGCCCUGACACAUGCCAUCACCACCUAUAGCAAGAUGGGUGCCGGACACACCUUCGAUCCCCCCACCUUCUUCCUCUCUGUUGGUUAUUUUCUUGGAGUGCUUGCCGGCUCCUUCCUCUUGGGUUUCAUAUUCACAGUCAUAACAGCCCUUCUCACCAAAUUCACUCGGCUGCGUGAGAAUCCACUGCUGGAAACAUCAGUCUUCUUCCUUCUGUCCUGGAGCAGCUUCCUCUCAGCUGAAGCCAGUGGACUUUCAGGUAUUGUGGCGGUGCUGUUUUGUGGCUUGAGCCAGGCAAGGUACACAAUUCACAAUUUAUCCUCUGAGGGCAGGACCAGGACCAAGCAGCUCUUUGAAGUCUUCAACUUCCUGGGGGAGAUUUUCAUCUUCAGCUACAUGGGAUAUGUAUUGUUGACGUUUCCUCAGCAUGUCUUCAAAGCCCUCUUCAUUUCUGGGGCAUUUCUCUCCAUCUUUAUAUCAAGAGCCUGCAACAUCUACCCUUUGUCAUUCCUCCUAAACCUGGGACGCACAGCCAAGAUACCUCGCACCCUACAGCACUUCAUGAUGUUUGCAGGUUUGAGGGGGGCUGUGGCGUUUAGCCUGGCUUUAAGAGACACAUCCACAGAAGUGAGGCGCACCAUCUUCACCACCACUCUGCUGCUGGUCGUCUUCACCAUCUGGGUGCUGGGUACGGCUGUUGAUCCCAUGCUGCGCUGUCUGGACAUCGGAGUGGGGGUGGAUGCUGAUGAAAAUCCAGAUGAACUUUCUUUAGAGGUUGCUACAGGGAGGCCAGACACAACACAGGGCCUGUGGCACCGCCUGGACUACAAAUAUCUAAAGCCACUGCUGACACAUUGUGGCCCUCCGCUGACCGACUCACUGCCAAAGUGGUGUGGGCUAUUUGCCAGAGUCUUCAGCAGCCCCCGUGUCCAGGAUGAUGAGGAACAGCUGUGUGAGACUGAACCAAAUGACUCCACCUUCGAUUUGGAGAAAACAGAGAACCAGCUUGUAUCUAUAGGAGGCGAUUCUGGAUCCGAGCACCAGGAUGACCUGCUAGAAGGAGACCUGGGCCUUGGCAUUGCUCCAGAUGCUGCUAGGGAGGCCUGAAGAUCCGAGAGUCACUUCUAACCCCAGUUUAUCAGCCCCUGCUGCCCUGAGACUAAGGCCCUGCCUCCCACAAUGAAUGGGGUCACUGGCCAGGGCAUCUGGGAGGAGCCGACCGGGAGUCAGAAUUACAAUGGCUCCCGAAAGGUCACCCCCCUUGUGCUGACAUGCAUGCAAAGAUACACUCGCAGAGGGAGAAAAAAACAAUUACAAAGGCCACUGCUCUCUCUGUUACUCUGUUGAUGAUUUUCUUGGCUUGUUUUGCUCCAGUUUCAAGGAAUUUAAUAGCUGAAAUAGAAUGAUUAAUCAUUCAUCAUCACACAACAACAGGAAGCAGAAAUUAAUCUAUGUGUGCACAGUGCACUUUUCACACAGCAAGCAAAAUUAUAAUGUAACAGUUGUGGUGAAAAUGCAAGUCACACAUUAACUGCUAUCGGAACAGCUUCAUGCUACUUGGUUACUUAACCUCUUGGUUUCAAGCUUUAGGGAAAAUUUCUCAUGAUCAUCUACUGUGAUUGAAAGCUAUGGUGUCUCCCUAGAAAAAGUAUUUUUGUGCCAACUUUGCUUUGCUCUUCCCCAACUCCUUAUUAAACUUUUACAGCACUGAUUUCUAUUGCAAUCCUUUUAACUCAUUCAGAAUGUAUUCCACUGAAUUUAUUACCCCCUCAUCUCCCUCCACGUCUUGCUCAUCACUCUGCGACGGGCUAGAAUACUUCCAAAUGCUUAAGUUUAUUAACAGCAUUUGGAAAAGAGAGUAUCAGCAAGUGAGACUUCUUUAUGGAUUGCACUUUGCUGCUUUCUGAGUGCAUCAUUAUAAAUCUCAGGGCCCCGUUCCCCUUGCAUGAAGCAGGGUGUUGUGUACUGCACAUCUGUGAAGGUUAGGCUUAGUGAAUAUGCAGACUGUUUCUCUCAUAUUAAUAAAGCCAUUGUCCUUGAAGUGAGGGCUUUCCAUUUUAUGUUGUGAAUGCAUGGGUGCAUGUAUGGAAUGCUUGUCUCUUUCAGUCCUCAGAUGGAGAUGCUCAAGGUUUAGUUUUGUCCUUAAAGGAGGAGUUCUCCCAAAACAACAAACUUAAAAAAAAUUUAAAAAAUCUAAUUCAAAGUACAAUCUUGUUAGUUUUGGUGUGAUUUGCAGCUGUCACCUGUACAAUAGGUCACCCCAACACAACGCACUGUAAUGCAUGUGGUUGGUAAUGCCCAAAGUAAGACAUUAAAAUUUGACAUUUGAAAACUCAA